AUGUACAGAUAUUCAUACACCGCAUCUUAUAUCUUGUACAACAUCUACACGAGGGAGGUAAGGGAGCUGAAUCCUCCCGAGGUCCACAAUGCUGUGCUCCAGCACGCAGCCUGGGGACGACAAGGGCAGCAGCUGAUCUACAUCUUUGAGAAUAACAUCUACUACCAGUCAGACGUGAGGAGCAACUCUCUGAGAAUCACCUCCUCUGGGAUGGAGGGAGUCAUUUUCAACGGGCUCACUGACUGGCUAUACGAAGAGGAGAUUCUACAUUCAUAUUUGGCUCACUGGUGGUCUCCUGAUGGAGAACGACUGGCCUACCUCACCAUCAACGACACACUGGUACCCAACAUGGUUCUUCCCCAGUUCACCGGCAGCACGUACCCCCGAGGCCUACAGUACCCAUAUCCAAUGGCCGGUCACGUCAAUCCUACAGUCAAGCUGUCAGUGGUCAGCCUGGUUGGUGCGACGCACACUCAGGAGAUGCAGCCCCCCGAUCAGCUCGCGCUCAGGGAUUUCUAUAUCACCAUGGUGAAGUGGAUCAGUAAUACUCACCUCGCCGUGCAGUGGCUCAAUCGGCCCCAGAACGCUUCUCUGCUUACUGUGUGUGACGCAACAAUAGGAGUCUGUCUUCAGGUUAGUGCUUUUGAUUUAAACCUCAGGAAGGAAACUUAUUUCUCUCUGCAGGGACAGGAUCCGCUGUUCUCCAAGGACAGGAGCCGGUUUUUCCUCACGCUGCCUGUGAAGCAGGGAGGUCACGGAGACUUCCACCACAUCACGAUGUUCACCAAGAAGCUGCGAAGCGACCAGGACGAAGUUCGCAACUUGACGUCGGGAAACUGGGAGGUGACAAAAAUUGUGGCGUACGACGAAAAGAACCAGACUGUAUACUUCCUGAGCACAAAGGACGCUGCAGAACACAGACACCUAUACAGUGUGUCGACUCUCAGCUCGUUUCCACGGCGAUGCCUCACCUGUGGACUGCGAGAGGGGUGCACCUUCUUCGAUGCCAACGUCAGCCCAGAAGCACAGCACGCUAUCGUGCACUGUCAAGGUCCCGGAGUUCCAGCUGUGCUGCUCGUCAGUCUCGCCGACGUAGACUCGUAUUUUGUCUUGGAGAACAACCUCCCCCUGUGCUCGGCGCUGGAGACUAAAAGGAUGAUUCGGACAGAGAUCACUAACACAACCUUUGGGCUGCCUCUGAAGCUCAUCUAUCCUCCUGACUUCUCUGACUCCUACAUCUACGGCCUUCUUCUUAUUGUCGACAGCUCUCCAGGCACCCAGACAGUGACGGAGGAGUUCAGGCUGGAGUGGGACUCGGUGCUGGCAGGAUUGGAGCAGGUCAUCGUGGCGCGGAUUGAUGGCAGGGGGUCAGGGUUCAGAGGUCAAAGUUUUUCACAGCAGAGGCUCGGCAUAGCGGACGUGGAGGACUACAUAGCAGCUCUGAAUUUCCUGGCGGAGCGGCCGUUCAUCGAUCACACUCGUGUUGGAGUCUUCGGCGAGGGCUACGGUGGCUACCUUGCACUGAUGAUGCUGAAGUCGACAGAGAAGCUGAUCAGCUGCGCAGCUGUUCGCGCUCCCGUCACCGACUGGAGCAUGUACGCCUCAGCCUUCUCAGAGAGAUACUUCGGCUCACCUUCAACUGACGAGAGCAGAUACCAAGCUUCCAAAGUGCUGUCCGGCAUGAAAAAUCUGGGAGGAACUCUAUUCCUGGUCCACGGCACUGCUGACGCCAAUGUUCACUUCCAGCACUCGGCCGAGCUCAUCAAGCACUUAAUAAAGAUAGGAGCCAACUACACUAUGCAGAUCUUCCCAGAUGAAGGCCACUUCCUGUCAAGACGCAGCCAGAUUCAACUGACUCACUCCCUAAUUGGAUAUUUCAGAGGAUGUCUCCUCGAUGCGUCAUCGUUACUCAACCAACGGGAUGACGAGUGAGAGGGAAUGGGCUCGCUACUGUUUCUGAGCGUGUGUGUGUGUGUGUGUGUGUUUUAUACCUGUAGCACAAUGUUUGACAGACAGGAAAAGCUUCUUAUUGACAUAUCAGAAUAGUCUGUGUCACCUCAGUAGAAAUAAGUUUUCACCUGCUGUCAGAGGUUGUCGGUGACUGUCCCUGGAUUUAUCACCUCUUUCUUUUUUUUGUCCUGGUGGCACAAACAAGCCUGUGAAAGAAGCAUUUAGAACUGUUCAAGUUUCAAACUGUGAGAAAACUGUGAGAUCUUGUUGGAGUUGUUAAUCGGAGUUCAAAUAUAAUUGAGAAAUUGCUUUUUUUUUUAACCUUUAAGGUUUAGAUUAGUUUAAAAUCUGUGAAUCCUUGUUGCCUAGAGUUUAAUGGCUGAUUCAGAAACCUGUUGUUCAAGGUGUGAUUGAGACGUUCCUCCGUCAAAACAACUUAAAACGGUCCAUGUAUUCAAAUAUCACCAACCAGCACAAAAACCAACUCCUUUUUCCAGUUUAUUCCUGAUCAUUAGUAGAGGAGGAGCUGUUUGAGGCAGUGUCCCGGUGAGGUGUGUUAAAAUACAGCUAAUGCUACAGUCACACCAGGGAAAACAACAGCAACAAGUGGACGUCCAAUCUUGUUGCCUUUUAAAUUAUUGCUUCGAUUUCGGUGCGUCGAGGCAGUGAUGAAACUGUAAGGUGUUUAUCUUACGGUUUAAGGCGCCUUGAGGCAACUAUUGUUGUCAUUUGGCGCUAUAUAAAUAAACCUGAAUUAAAUGGCAGUGUGAUGGAGUCGAUCUGCUUUCAGUCUGUGAUUAAUUGGGGUCAUGUUGACAGUUUGAGUUUGUCAGAAUACAGCCGUAAAGGCUGAUAAAUCAGAUAAAAUCAAAGAUCUUUUGCCAACUACAUGCACAGAAACUCACACCAGUUACAACAUCACAGAUUUGAAACAGAAAUUCCUCCACAGAUAAUAACAUAGGGGCUUUUUUAUUUUUAAACAAUACAACCAGUUGAGUUGAGCCUCUUAUUGCAAAGCAUCUCAGUUGUACCAGGAGUUACUGCAACUUGUUGGCAAUCAAUCUGAGAGCGAUUGCAGUCGGUCAAAAGGCAGCCUGCAAGUGUUUGGAGACAAUCAUCACAGUUUGUGCUUUGGUGUCAUGGAAUCAUUACACUUUUUAUUAGCAGUGUUGGUGGAUAUGAAACUCAUUUUUACAAGACAAAGGGACUCGAACCCUUAAUUUCCUGAUCCGAAGUCUGACACCUUAUCCAUUAGGAAAGUGGUCACACACUGAAACACAGACUUACUUCUGGUAUGGUUUGUAAAGACGGGACUCUUAGCUCACACCUUGCAUCAACUGUUGUGUCUUUCUCAAAAUAUUAAAGCAUAAUGAUACCAACGAUACCAACCUGACCCAGAGGUCAAGAAUCUUCCAGAGCUGAGAGGAUAAAAAAGUAGAAAAACAUCAGUUUUAUAGAUAAAGCCAUGAUUAAAAACCCGACUUCAAGGGCGUUUUCAGGUCAUGUUGUUACCUUCUUUUUCCUGUUGAUGCUCGUCUCAUUUCCCCAGGUGUUUGUGAUGCUAUCCUGUGGAUUAUUUAUGUGGGGGCAGCUUACAAAGUUUGACUCAUCAAGCUUAUAGACAGCAAUAGUGCUAAACAGAUGUACGACAGUUACAAGAUCUUUUUUUAAGCACGCUAUGUUUCCUUGUUCUUACUGAAACAGAGAGUUAUUUAUUAAUUUAUUACAUCUAAGAGUAGAUAUUUACCAUUUCACACCAGUUUUUUUGGUGUUGUGCAGGUGUGGAGGAGCUUAAUAGCUACUCAUAGUUUGGCCUGGACUACAUUUCAGGACAGCGUACUUUGGUUUAAUUUUUCUCGUGGGUAUUUGAGCACCUCUGUUGCAGGUUAAAUUGUGACAUUUGGCUUAUAAUGUAUAUUUUAUGCUGUAAUUUCUUUUUUUUAGGUAGCUGCAGGCCGUUCUGUUUUUGUAUAUUUAAGUAUGUGGUCCAAAACUUGGUUUAGAAUCACCUUUAACUGAUUAGGUGCCAGAAGUUUUCACUGUAUUUGGUUCUGUUGUUCUCUUCAGUUUAUCCAUUUCCAGCUGCUUCAAGUCUUUUCUUUCGUAAAUACAUUGUGGUUGUAGUGUUAUCCAGAAAACACUGCAAUAAAAGCAUAAUAAAUGUUAUGCCAAUACGACGCCCGAGAGCGCUCCUCGCUGUGAUUACGGCUCUGAGAGCGAUUCCCACAAUUACCGCUCGGCCGCUCACAAGUGCCAUCAAUCACAGAGACGAGCAUCCUCAGCGAGGUUCAUCUCCACGCGAGGAUAAAAACAGUUGCAGGAGUUGGCGUGCGUCGGGGGUGAAAAAUCCCCCCAGUGCUUGGCUUGCAGGUAGUUGCCAUGACAACUGUUUUGGUAGCCCAGGAUACGGCCACUCUCAUAAUUCAUUCAGAGAUGAGCGCUUUGCAUCGCGGAGCGAGCAGCUGCUGAUGCAACACACUUAAAGCCAUAUGUAUCUGUGCUUUGUAACAUGGAGUCCGUGAGGGGAUGGAUUUUGUU